UUGAAAAAGCCUUUUUAAAGAUCUUUUCAUUUUGUUGUUGCUUAUUCUGGAAAGCUCGAUACACAUUGGAAACCGCCCAUUUUUGAAUGACUAUUUAAGUAUUUAUUAUGGAAGAAGCGGAAAGAGAGUCAAACUCGAAGACUGGCCAAAAACAAGCUAUUGAAGUUGGUCAUAGAGUUGAAAUACUUAAAGAAAGAGGUUUUGUUCGUUUUAUUGGAAGUUUACAGUCUUCCAAUCAAGACUUGUCCUCCACUUUAUGGGUCGGAGUGGAGUGGGAUAAUCCUACCAGAGGAAAGCACUAUGGAACCUACAAGGACAAAAAUUAUUUUCACUGCAAAAGAAACAAGGGAAGUUUUGUAAAGCUGAUAGAUGUUGAAAAAAGCUCAAGGAAUUGCUUUGUGGAUGCUCUGAUGGAUAAAUAUUGUUUUGAUAAUCUUGAAGAAAUUUCUCAGAAUUCAAACGUGUUCCAAGGAAACAAGAUUGCCCAGUUUGUUGGGUUUCAAAAGGCAGCAGAUCAAUUUAGAAAAGUUUCCUACUUGAAACAUAUUGCUCUACCCAAUUUUGCAAUCUAUAGAGCUGGGAACGACUUGGAUUUGAAGAGUGGUAUUCUCGCGUCCGUUGAAGUAUUAGACAUAUCCAACAAUCUCUUCUCAGAAUUCUCCGAAGUUCUGAACAUCAUACGUCACGCUCCUUCUCUAAGGGAACUCAUAUUAUCUAACAACCGUUUUGAAUACAUUGAGACUGCAUCAACAACUAUCAGCAAUCCAGUUUGUUUACUUGUAAUGAACGGAUGUUUUUAUGAUUUUGAAACUCUUAUCCAUUCUUUGGGAUAUUUUCCCCGUAUAGAAGAACUGCAUAUUUCUCAGAAUGCUUGCAACUAUGAUUUUGUGAGAUUAGCAAAUGCAUGUUCCAAGUUGAAAGCACUAUAUUUGGAUUCAUGUAAUAUCCCAACUUGGGAGGAAUUGGCACCGUUUGGAACAUUAUCUUCUUUAAAGAAACUAUCAUUAGCUGGAAACAAUAUAAGUUCCAUAAGUGUGACAACAGAUGAGCAUGGAAAUAAUGGAGCAUGCGGUUUUCAGCAACUUGAGUUGAUCAACUUGUCUGGAAAUAAACUAAAAGGAUUGAGAGUGAUUGAUGAACUAGCGAAACUUCCGGCUUUGAAGUCUCUUCGUAUCGAUGAUUUACUUAUGGAUAGCGGCGAGUUGGUUCCUCGCUUUCAAUUUAUUGGUCGACUCAAGCAUUUAUUGUACCUAAAUGGAUCCUUUAUUUCAAAUAGUGAGCGUCGUGAUGCCGAAAUGACGUAUAUCAAACACAUUUGUGAAGAAAUGAUGCGUCACUCUUUACAAGAUUCGGAAACUGUCUUUCCGAGACUGGAAGAACUAAAAAAACUUUAUUCAGAUUAUUUUUUUGAAAAAUUGAAUGAAUUGAAGAAACGAAGAGUGGACUAGGAAGUUGCCUUGCUCAAUUUCUGUGAGAAAACUAAAACAAAUUGCAGUCAAACAAUUUCAAUUGAGA